AUGAACAUGAGCAAGAAGACAACAAUCUUCGUCUUCCUCUUGCCCUUUGUAGUGGUAUCAUUCGCAGCCGAUCAUGGAGACAAGCACUAUCGACACCAACGAACUGACUCAUUCGACUUUGAUCCUAUGUCCUUUCUUGUUGAUCCAGAUGUUCCUGAUGCAGGUGCAAAUUCUCCUGUGUCGACUGUACCCCCUACUCCUCAAGCAUCUUCACUAGCGAGAUCAGACCUUGUAAGCUCGAUCCCACAAGCAAGUCGAAUAGACAUACCUGUUGUAAGAAGAAUGGAAGGAGAAACAGAACAACAAUACCAAAAAAGGCGAAAUAAACGUCGAAAGCUUAUCCACAACGCAAAACCCGAGCAUGAGAAAGAAAUGUAUAGGAAAAAGAGAAACGAAGAACAACGUAUGAAUCGAAAGAGAAUUAAGGAACAGACUGGAUUCUCAGAAUUGAAGCAAGCACGACUUGCUGAAUUCAAGCAAUUGGAAUCUGAAGGCCGUGCCACUGAUGAGCAAAAGGAAGAAAUAAGAAAAGCAUACUUGCAAAGAAAAGCGACGAACUUAAAGUAUGAGUCAAAGAAAGUAGCACAAGGAUUCAAGCGAAAGACCAAAGGAUGGGUAAAAUUACAACCCGAUAAAAAGUCUUGA